GUGGAUUUAACAUCUUAAUAGACUUGUGUGAUUCUGCAUAGGAUGAGGAAUAAUUUGGAACAGCCAGCUUAAGGUGUUACAACCAGUAGGGUAGAUGUAAUGGAUGCCAACAAAUGGCCCAUCUUUAGUAUUCUGAACACAGCCGAUCUAUUGAAGGUGAAAAAACUCUGUGUAUUUGGAAGUUCUGGCAAUGAAGCUAUUUACAUCACAGACGAUGAUGAAGUGUUUGCACUUGGAGCUAAUUGCAGUGCCUGCCUAGGACUAGGUGAUGCUGGCAGCAGUUUUGAGCCAAAGAAAAUAGAAGUUUUAUGUAAGAAGAAAGUAAUUGAUAUAGCCUUUGGAAGUGGACCCCAUGUUCUAGCUGUUACAGCUGGUGGUGAAGUCUACAGCUGGGGCCACAAUGGUUACUGUCAGUUGGGGAAUGGAGGUUCAAUGCAGGGACUUAUUCCCUUCCUUGUCAGUACUAACCUUCAGGGCAAGAAGGUCACCAAGGUCGCAUGCGGAAGUCAUCAUUCUGUCGCCCUUACUCUGGAAGGGGAGAUUUAUGCGUGGGGACAGAACAACUGUGGUCAGGUAGGGUCAGGCACAACUACCAACCAGCCAACACCUAGGAAGGUCAUGGCAGUGAUAGGAACAAAGACUGUGAUAUCUAUCGCCUGUGGUCAAACAUCUACAAUGGCUCUAAUGGAUAGUGGGGAGGUGUUUGGCUGGGGAUAUAACGGAAAUGGUCAACUUGGUCUAGGAAACAAUGUCAACCAACCUAAUCCUUGUAAGGUACAAGGGUUACAGAACGUCAUUAUAUCUCAGGUGGUUUGUGGGUAUGCCCACACCCUAGCUUUGUCUGAUGAGGGUGCCCUCUACACAUGGGGAGCAAACUCUUAUGGACAACUUGGAACUGGGAACAAAGCCAACCAGGUGGCACCUACCAAGGUGGAAACCAAUGGGGAAAGGAUGGUUGAGGUUGCAGCAAGCCACUAUGCUCAUGUAUCAGCAUCACUGACAGAGACAGGGAACAUAUAUAUGUGGGGACAGUGUCGAGGUCAGUCCAUUACAUCAGCUAUUAUCACAAGGUUCCACUGUACUGACGAUGUUCUGGCUGCAUUUGCUUCCCCUCCCGUCACAUGGCGAAUGUACUCAGUAGAUCAAAUGCGUGGAAGUAAGAUUGCAGAAAACGUUUCUAAGAGUUUCGAUGAUCCGACAACAGCUGACAUGAAGUUUAUUGUGGAAGGGAAGACAAUUCAUGUCCAUAAAGCUUUACUGAAAAUAAGGUGUGAACAUUUUAAAACCAUGUUCCAGUCUUGCUGGGAGGAGGAUGAAAAAGAUACCAUUGAGAUCAGCCAGUUUAACUACACAGUUUACCGAGCAUUCCUCAGAUACCUAUAUACAGAUGUGGUGGACCUCAAACCAGAAGAAGCCAUAGGUCUCCUGGACCUUUCGAACUCCUACUGUGAAUGUUUGCUGAAGAAACACUGUGAGAAAAUCAUAAAGAAAGGAAUCACUGUGGAAAAUGUUGCCAUGUUGUAUGCAGCCGCAAUCAAGUUUGAGGCAAAGGAGCUGGAAGAUUUCUGUUUCCGUUUUGCCCUGAAUCACAUGACAGGCGUGACACAAACAGAGGCUUUUGGUCAGUUAGAUGAAGCCGUCGUCAAAGGAUUUAUACGCAAAGCUGCGUCUUGUGGGGCCUUCAAAUACUGAAGUUCCUGAAGCACCAACAUACUUAAGAUGUACUUAUAGACACACCAGUCAGGAUAUCUUUGUGUUUGAUUUAAAUUUAUUAUUGUAAGCUUUUUAAUAUCACUGUCGUGUUGGUGUUCAAAGCAGUAAGGCCUUUCAUGUUUUAUAAUUCAGGAUACAUGUUGUGUAUGAAGGUGUUCCUCGCACUAAUUCUCAUAGGGUGAAAAUUAUAUUAUUUUUCAUAGUGAAACUGUCAAGUAUAUUUUCAUAUCUCUGUCAUGAGAUAUUUCAACAAAGAUAUAGUACUUUUGCAAGUUUAAGCAAAUAAUUCGGUAGAAGCUUUUAUUUCAGUUAGUCAGUUUGGGAUCGCAAAUAAUUCGGUAGAAGCUUUUAUUUCAGUUAGUCAGUUUGGGAUCGCAAAUAAUUCGGUAGAAACUUUUAUUUCAGUUAGUCAGUUUGGGAUCGCCAAAUAAUUCGGUAGAAAUAGAAAAAUUUAUUUCAAUUAGUCAGUCUGGAAUGUGAUUCCAUCAGUAUUUGUUACUUUUCGAUUUGAUUUUUCAAGCAUUAGUUAUAUUUUAAACACUUUUUUUAACAAAACCAGUGGAUAGCAUUGGCUGAUAGAUUAUUGAAAAAGUCUUAGUAUUUUUUCCGUUUUAAACUUAAUCAGUCCAUUUCCAGAUUAGAAUUUUAAGAUUUUUGAACACUAAGUAUCAACAUGUAGUCAGAAUAUAAACUAAUUUAAACAAAUUAACACAUAAUUGCUAGAAUCUUCCACAUUCAUAAGAUCACCAUAAAACAUUACGUCAUAGACAAGAAAUCAUUGACUCUUUACACGUUCAUUGACAAUUUGGCCAAAUAUGUGUCCCUACAAAAGUCAUGAUGCUGUUAAAUGAUGAAGCAAGCUCUUGUUUUAUGUCACUAGCCACGGGCAGUGUGCAAAAGAAAGUGGAAAAUUAUCAGUAGGUCUGUUAUUGGUCAAUAUUCACACAAGAUAGUCGAGUCAGCUGCUUUAGUGUUUGUAGAUUGACAAGUCGUUGUGUUCAGUGAAAAAUUGCCAUUUAACAUCUCGUCUUAUGAGGGUAGAAUACGUAUCUAUUGUCUUAAACACAAAAAGUUUCCAAAGAAAUGCCUUCUGUAGCUUUAUUUGUUUAGUAACAGUGACAUUAUAGUAAUUGCUCUAUGGACCAAACUGAAAUUGGUCUGCUGUCAAGACAUCAGCAGAAUGUGAACAACAACAUCUGUCUGCAUAUGACACUGACAACAAAGGACAUCUUCAACACUAGUAAAGUCAUUGUGACGUCUUUUCUUGUCAGUUUUUCCCGUUUUAACAUUAAUUAAAAUGUUUGAAGUGACUUUGGAUGGAAAUCAGGAGCAUACCAAUUUUAAUUUUCUUCCUAACUCAAUUUGUUACGAUAUAACAAGGAGUAAAACUACAUUCAUUUUUACAAAGACUUUGCAACCUCAAGUGGGUUUUAUCUCGUGCAUCGCUUCAAGAUAAAGAGUGAAUCUUGUGGAGUUUAGAUGCUGUCCUCUUGUAUGUAGCUUCGUGAUAAAAUUUGAAAUCUGACUGUUACUAUUCCUGGACAUGAUGGUGACUUGAUAUUUAUAAAGAAUUUGUUAUUUAUGGAGAUGCAUUUUUAAAGUCUGUUUGUUCGUAUUUUAAUUAUGGUUAAAUUCUUCAAUUUUUAACAACGAUCUCUCCUGAGUACAGAUUAGAGGUUAUUUGUUGGCUCGAAGGAUUUAUUGCAGAAUAGAUCUCUCCUUACUUGUAUUCGGCAGAGGUUAUGUGUCGGGAUAAGUGUGUGUAUGUAUAUGAGAAGUUAUGUUUACAGUACAGGGCAUCAUAUCAGCUUCGUCAUAUCAUGCUUAACAAUUUAUAUGGAAAUCACAUAGAGCAUCAAUUGUCUGUUUCAUUGUCUUAAUGUUUGUUGGCAGAUAUUUUUCAAAAAAGGAAAAAAAAUAUUAAUCAUUCCAUUGUGAUUUCACUGUUAUGAAAUACCCUUAAUGGAAAGUAGUACAAUUGAUAUGAAUAUAUGUUGUGACAAGAGUUACUAUAAAUGUGCCAUUAGUUGGUAUGUCACUGGUGCUGGCUGUUUUGUCCUCGUCAUAGUUAUCAGGCUGCAUUAUACACAAGUCUUGUAUUCUUGAAAUAUUAUAACCUUAUAAAAAAUCUAUCAUGUUUUGUUUGCUUUUCACCCAAUGAAUCGUCUUAUUUCCGCAUUUAUUUAAUACAAUAUAUUUAAUAUCUUAAUGUAUUGUGUAGUAAUAUUUUUAUUUAAAAACAUCCAAAAAUUAUGAAUUGCUUAGU